AUGCGCAUGCGGUGGUUCCUCUCAAACCCUAUCAAAACCCUUCCGAAUAUCAACAACCUCCGUUCAAUCUCAUUUCGAACUUUCGUUCCUCACUCGCUCUCUUUCCGUUCAAGAUCGUUGUUUACAAUCCAAAUCCCAAUGGCAGCUAUCCAUAACCUUAGCGAAAUUGGACUUGCGAAGCGUUUCUGGAUCAAGUUCAACCGUGAAUCAAUCUUUGCUCUGUUCACUCCUUUUGUCAUCUCUUUAGCCUCCGGUAACCUCAAGACCGAUUCCUUCCGUCAUUACAUCGCACAAGAUGUUCAUUUUCUUCGUUCUUUUGCUAAAGCGUAUGAGUUGGCGCAAGAGUGUGCUGACGAUGAUGAUGAUAAGCUUGGACUUUCUCAGUUGAGGAAGGAAGUCUUAGAGGAGCUGAAGUUGCACGACUCUCUGGUAAAGGAAUGGGGACUGGACCUUGCCAAAGAGCAUGGUAUUAGCUCUGCAACAGUUAAGUAUACAGAUUUCCUGUUGGCUACUGCCUCUGGAAAGAUCGAAGGAUUGAAAAGUUCUGGGAAACUUGCAACACCAUUUGAGAAAACCAAAAUUGCUGCUUAUACUUUAGGUGCCAUGAGUCCUUGCAUGAGGCUUUAUGCCUUUCUUGGUGAAAAGAUCAAGGAACUUCCACACUCCAACGAAAGUACUCACCCAUAUAGCAAAUGGAUUGACAAUUAUUCCUCUGAUGGUUUCCAGGCAUCUGCUUUGCAAACCGAAGAUUUGCUUGACAAACUAAGUAUCUCUUUGACUGGUGAAGAACUCGACGUCAUUGAAAAGCUUUAUUAUCAGGCAAUGAAGCUUGAAAUAGACUUCUUCACUGCUCAACCACUCUUUCAGCCAACUAUAGUCCCAUUGACUAAAGGACAUAACCCUGAAGAAGACCAUCUCAUGAUUUUUUCCGAUUUUGAUUUAACAUGCACCGUUGUUGAUUCAUCUGCCAUUUUGGCAGAAAUUGCUAUAGUGACAGCUCCAAAAUCUGACAAUCAGCCGGAAGAUCAAACAGCUCGAAUGUUGUCUUCUGACCUCAGAAAUACAUGGGGUUUACUAUCCAAACAGUAUACAGAAGAGUAUGAGCAAUGUAUCGAAAGCAUUAUGCCAACUGAUAGAUUGGAAAAUUUUGAUUAUAAAGGACUGUCUACGGCACUUGAGCAACUCUCAAAAUUUGAGAACUCGGCAAAUAAUAGGGUUAUCGAGUCACGGGUUCUCAAGGGUAUAAAUAUAGAAGAUAUAAAGCGUGCUGGAGAGCGUUUGAUCCUACAAGAUGGUUGCACUGACUUUUUUAAGAAAGUUGUUAAGAAUGAAAAUUUGAAUGCCAAUGUGCAUGUUCUUUCAUACUGCUGGUGCGGUGACCUCAUUAGGUCUGCUUUCUCUGCAGCUGAUUUAAAUGAGAUGGAUGUUCAUGCUAAUGAGUUCUGUUAUGAGGGUUCUGUUUCCACCGGAGAUAUUGUUAAGAAAGUGGAGUCUCCCAUUGACAAGGUCCAAGCUUUUCGUAAUAUAUUGAAAAGUUGCAACAGUGACAAGAAGAAAUUUACCAUUUACAUUGGAGAUUCGGUGGGUGAUCUACUUAGUCUACUUGAAGCAGAUGUAGGAAUUGUGGUUGGUUCAAGCUCAAGCCUUAGGACAAUAGGGACACAGUUUGGUGUUUCAUUUGUCCCGUUGUUUUCUGGCUUGGUUAAGAAACAGAAAGAAUAUAAUGAAGGAAGCUCCUCCAAUUGGAAGGGUUUAUCUGGCAUUCUUUACACAGUCUCUAGUUGGGCUGAAGUGCAUGCUUUUAUUUUGGGUUGCUAG